AUGGCUACUAGUACAGAUCUCAAUCCCUUGGCACCGUUUGUCAAGCUGGGUCCUUCCGUCUAUCUGCAGGACCCAGCAAAUGUCACAGACGGAGAUGAUCGGCCACUCAUCUUCAUCGCGUUUUGGAUGAAUGCACCACCCCGCGCCCUCGCCAAGUACGCAGUCGAAUACAGACGCCUGGUCCCCACUGUUCGCAUCGUUUUCGUCCGCAGUUCUUCCAACGACUUCUUUGUGCGAGCCACCGAAGGGGCGCAGCAGGCGCGUGUGACCCCUGCUGUGGACGCAAUCAGCUCAUUUGCGACCCCUGAGAACCCAGUGUUUAUACACCUGUUUUCCAAUGGAGGUCUCUCCAAAACCACCCAUCUGCUCAAAGCAUACAAGGCCGCGACUGGAACCCCGCUGCCUUUCUCGUCGAUGAUCGUGGAUAGUGCGCCUGGAACCGCAAGUCUUCGUUCAGCGGUUCGAGCCUUCUCCUUUGCGCUCCCCAAAAUGUGGAUCCUGCGUUUACUCGGCAAGACCUUCCUUUGGCUUUCCUUGAUCAUGAUUAAGGUUAUCCAGGCCAUAACGAGAGCCCCCGACGUUAUCAGUCGUGCCCGCAAGGUGAUCAAUGAUCUCUCCCUCGUGCAGGCUGUCAAUGCGAAGGGCGUCCCCACUCGCUGCUACAUUUAUUCCGAUGCAGAUGACUUGGUAGAUUACCACGACGUAGAACUGCAUGCGUCCGAGACGGAAGCUGCCGGUUGGCUCGUCCGUCGUGAGCUAUUCCGGGGUUCACCCCAUGUUGGUCAUAUGCGAGCUGAGCCAGAUCGGUACUGGGGUAUCGUCAAGCAGUAUCUGGAAUCCUCUGCCUUAACAUGA